AUGCAAAUGUUCCUUAUUGCAAAAUUGUUAAUUGCUGUGUAUGCUGUGAAUUAUGACGAAUACCAUAAUUCUUUAAAAGUGAAUAAGGCAAAAAGAAAUAUCUCUUUCUUAUAGUAAAUGACAUUCUAACUCUAGAUAAGAAUAUUUUGGAAUAAGAGUUCUGUCGAAUGAAAUUGAAGGUUUAUAACAAUUGCAGCCUAUCACAUAUUAAGAAUCAAGAGCAGAAUUUUAUUUUUAGGAACAAAUUAAUGGUUCAUUUAUUGGUUUGAAGAAUAAGGAUUUCACUAUAUUUGCUUUACAUAAAAAUUGCACUUUAGAAUUUAUUCUAUAUAAAAGUUCUUCUCGUUUUGAGGAUUUUAAGCCCAAUUGCAUUUAAUUAUUAAUUGAUCGAGAUUAGGACUAUCUGGCAAUAAUUUAUCCAGAUUCGAUGAUUAUUUACAGAAUCGAAUAAAAUAAUUUUUUUGAAUUAAAAUAUAACUUCACUGGUAUUAUAUUAGAUAUUAGAAUUAUUUAAAUGUACAUUCUGAUCUCUAAAAGUUUUGAGGGAUUUGAUUUACUUAAUUUUUAAGGAGUACUUAUUCUAAGUAAUUUUAUGGCCAAAAAAAAUAUAUUACAAGCAUCCAUCUAAACUAAUAGAUUAUUAUUACUUUUUGAUGGAGGUUUAAUAAUAUUUAAUUCUAUUUAAGUACCUAAAAUCAGUAAUAAAAUUAUUUUAUAAGAAUGUGUAAGGUUUAUAAAUUCGCAUUAAAUUCUUAUUAUUCAAACAAGAACUAAAAUUUAUGAAUAUUUUUGGAAAAACCUUCAAGUCAAUUAAGAAAUUAGUAUAAAUUCAGAAAUCAGUAGUAUUUCAAUUUAUUAAUAAUAUCUAUAAUUUAUAUCUGAUGGAUAUCUCUAUCACAAAAUUAUUGGUAUUGAUAAAAAUGAUUAUGAUCUUAAUUUAAUCAAUAUGUCAAAAUAUUAAACUAAUUGCACUCAAAUUAUAGGUUAUCAAUAAAAUAACAAAUUAAUUCUCUAGUAAGAUUAAUCUUUUUAGGUUGUAUUUUGGCAUUUUUUGCCAGCUUUUAUAAUAUUUAAAACUGAAGAAUCAGGUAUUUUUACUUGUAAAGUUGAAUUAUAUUAGAAAAGCUUUGCUAAUCCGAAAUCUUCUAUUGAAGUUAAUGAAAUUAAGAUUUACAUUGAAGUUAAUAGUUAUUUUUACGACUUUGUUGCAGAAAACUACAUUUAUUUUAGCAUAUUUCUAUUAGUAUCAUUAUUAUCACUUGUAUUUUUUUUAAGAAGAUCGAAUUUAAAAAUUUAUUCAAAUAGAUAAAGGGAUUAAGUUGGAAACCUGAAUGGCGAAAAAUCAUAAAUUGGAAUUAAUGAUAUUUCUAUUAAUACAUAAGUCUACGCUGAAGAAAUUAAAUUAAAUGAAUAAACUUAAUUAACUGAGAAUUAAAUAUGA